CCGGAAGUGAAAACUUGGUGGUCGGGAUUGAUAGUUUUUAGGGAGCAGACAGAGUUCUCAGAAAUGUGGAUCUCUAUAGGAUUAAUCACUGUGGUGGUGUUUAUCGCAUUAUUCCUUAAAUAUGUGUUUGGUACUUCCGGUCCGAGUCCUUUUCAUACCGACACACGCGAGGCGCCCAAACCCGUGGAACUGGAUAAAAAGGAGAGAAAGAAAGUGUUGAAACAAGGCUUUUUGGCCAGCAGAGUCCCCCAGGAUCUUGACGCCAUUGUGAUUGGCAGUGGUAUUGGUGGACUGAGCAUCGCUGUUCUGCUCGCCAAGACUGGAAAGAAGGUCCUGGUGCUGGAACAACAUGAUCGUGCUGGAGGAUGUUGCCAUACCUUCUCUGAGAAAGGCUUUGAAUUUGACGUUGGGAUCCACUACAUCGGUAAUUUAGAAGAGAACAGCAUGUUCCGCUGCAUAGUGGAUCAGCUGACCAAUGGGCAGCUACAGUGGGAAUCACUGGAAAACCCCUUUGACCAGGUGGUCCUGGGUCCACUGGAGAACCGCCGCAUCUACCCCAUUUAUAGUGGCCGAAACCGUUUCCCCCAGGAGCUGAAGAAGUGCUUCCCGGGAGAGGAGAAGGCCAUCGAUGAGUUUAUGAGCCUGGUUAAGAAAUGUUGCAACAGCGUGUGGAUGAUGAUCCUGCUGAAGCUCCUACCAUCUCCAGUGGCUAAGUUCUUAGCGUACACGGGGCUCGCUAAUCGCCUGUCCUACUUCUUCUCCUACGGCUCACGCAGCCUGGCUGAGGUGGUGAACAGCCUCACGGAGAAUAAAGAACUCCGGGCUGUGCUCUGCUACAUCUUCGGUACCUAUGGAACCCCUCCAAAAGAAGCCAGUUUCUCCAUGCACAGUUUGCUGGUGCGCCACUACCUACCUGGUGCCUGGUACCCUAAAGGAGGUGCCAGUCAGAUCGCCUAUAACAUGAUCCCCAUCAUCGAGAAGGCAGGAGGAGCCGUGCUUGUCAGAGCGCCAGUCAAUCGCAUCCUGCUCAAUGCUGCCAACGAGGCUAUAGGGGUGAGUGUGAUGAAGGGACAAGAGGAGGUCCAUGUGCACGCUCCCAUCGUCAUCUCAGAUGCAGGAAUCUUCAACACCUACCAGCGACUACUGCCUAAAGAGGUGCAGACUAAACCAGCGAUCCAGAAGCAGCUGAGUAUGCUGAAGCCCGGAGAAGCCGGCCUCAGCGUCUUCCUGGGUCUGAACGGGACGAAAGAUGAGCUGGGCCUCAAAGCUGAGAACUACUGGAUCUUCUGUGAGAAUAAUCUGGACGAGCUGUUCAACGGCUACGUUACAGGAAAGAGGGAGGAGCUGGUGAAAAGUGCACCUCUGCUUUUUGUCGCCUCACCAUCUGCCAAAGAUCCCACCUGGGAGCAGAGAAGCCCAGGUAAGUCCACUCUGAGUGUAGUCAGCUUCGCCCCCUACUCAUGGUUUGAGGAAUGGAAAGACGGGAAAGUCCAGAACAGAGGAGCCGAGUAUAAAGAACUGAAGGCGACCAUCAUGAACUCUGUUUUGGAAGUGCUGACUCAGAUUUUCCCCAAGAUCAAGGACAGGAUAGAGUACAUGGACGCAGGCACCGCCAUCACCAAUCAGCACUAUUUAGCAGCUUCUAAAGGGGAGAUGUAUGGAGCCGACCACGUUACUUCCCGCUUUACUGCAGAAGUCUGUGCCACCAUCAGACCUCAAACACCCAUCAAAAACCUCUUCCUCACAGGUCAAGACCUAUUUUCGUGUGGUUUUGCGGGGGCCAUCGCAGGCGCUAUGGUCUGCGGCUCUGCUAUUCUCAACCGCAACCUCUACAUGGAUGUCCAAGCCCUUCGAGUUAAACCGAAACAUGCCAGUACUAAGAAAGUCCAAUAACCACGGCAACCUGUACUCAUCCCCGACACAUUCCACUACCGGCAAGAAGACACAUUACAAACCGUUUAAGCGAGUAAAUGAAUGGAAUUAUCAUGACGUAAAACUCAGUAAAUUAAUAUUAGCUCUGUUGAUCCUUGUUUUUCAUAAUGCGUGAUGACACUAAUGCAUUUAUAUAGAAUUUAAAGAGUGACAAAAUGACAGAAAGCUCAUUUCAGUAUUGCAGACCUUUGUUUUGACUCAGUGUUGAUGCUUGUUUCAAGAUUAUCAUGAACACCGAUGACUGAAAAUUAAUGCCAAAAAAAAAAAGACAACAUGAAACAUUUUACUGUACAUUUUCCGCACCUGUUCAUUCAGUGAAUUUGAUCAGGAGAUCAAAAUGAAGACGUCUAGAGAGCUUCAGCAUUUCCGUGUGCACAGGAUUUAACAGGAAAUUAACAAGAUGUGUGCAUGUGCGUGCGAUUUCUCCUGCACUCUCAAGUUUACGGCCGCUAUAAUUUUGCAAACCACCACGUGUCACCCUGCUCUUUGUUUCCCUCGUCACUAAAUUUAACAUCCUUAAUAAUACAGAAAUAAUAGCAAUGUUGUCAAACACUAAAUGCAUUUUUUUUUUCCCAUAAUUGGAACCCCCCACCCCCAGAUCGCAGCCAGACAAGAUACAAGGCUGGCGGUUCUACAGACACCGCCUACAAUAAACUGCUUCUUUGUAAACACUCGCAAUACUUUUUAGUAUAAAUACGCAGGCGAUUAUAGAAAAUCGUGCAAGCUGAUUUGGUCGAGAGAGUCAGAUUAUUUCUCGAUAAUCACCUCAAGCGACUUGGCAAAAUGGCAGCCAAUCGCUUUAUCACCGAAAGUGAGGAAAAAUGUCAAAUUAUGAAAGAAAAUGCUGUUCCUAAAAGCACUAAAGAUGCUACGAAGUUUGGUCUAAAACUAUUCAGAGGUAAGGUGGAAUUGUGAUUUAUUUGACAGAUUUCAAAACAAAGCAUUUUGUGAGUCGGCAUAGAUAAGUGAGACAAAUCUGUGCACGAUACAUUUACAUGCCACUUUUGAAGUUUGAAAUAAAUUAUAAUUAUUUUUUAAAUAAUUACCUGUGUAUUUAUACUAAAACAAUUAUCCACCUCAGGCUCAGUGAAUCUUGGUGAAUAACUGGUGAACCUCGACUUCGUCUCAGUUAUUAUUCACCGAUAUUCACUUCUCCGUCGGCGAAUAACUGUUAAUUAACAUGCAAGCUAACUUAAAUAUUUGGCGAACCACAAAUAUUAUUUAUCGCCACUCUUGCUGACAUGGGUGUCGGGUCUGGAUGUAGAUUUUAUCUGCAGGGUUAUCUUCAUCUUGUAACCUGGACAGCGUCGGUUCUUUUUAUCUUACAGCCUCACUACAGGAGUUCCUCAAGGCUCGGUUUUCAGUCCUGUUUUAUUCACUACGUAUGCUAAAUUAGUGGGCUCAGUGAGUUGACUUUUUAUUCUUCCUCCACCCAAGUCUCACAGAUGAUAUCUGCUGGAUUGAAACCCAUCAUGUGAAAUCAAAAUUGUUUUUUUUGGGGGGGGGAAAAAAUCAAAACAAAACAUUGCUAUCAAACCCCUCAUAUUCCAACUCAGACAUGCCCUACUUGGAAACAUGGUGUGGAGCUCAACUUCUCUGAUCUCAUUCCAUAUUACACAUCUUACUCAGAUGUCUUCACAACACCAGAAGAAUACAAACUUGACUGAUUUCAGAAUCUGCUGAAAUCAGACACUGAUCCAAGUCUUGACUCCUGUGGCUGUACUAAGAAUCUUCCUGAACGCUGCUGCUCACGCGCUUUAUAACCACCUGAGGUCUCUCAUGUGACCUCUCUUUACAAAUCUGUUGCAGCAGGACUCGCAUUCAGAACUCUUGCCUUUGGGCUACUGAGUGGCCCAGCAGAAAAGCAUUUGCCCUGUUGUCAGAAGAUCACGAGUUUUCACCAAUGCCACAGGCAUCCAUAGCCAGGAGCCAAGGGAGCGAAAUUAGCCGUGCUGCCUUAUUGGAAGGGAUGGCAUCCUCUCUCCUCUGUCAAUCACAACGACACCAGACACAGCAACACCAGUCUGUGAGCUCAUGUAUAGCACUUUUCUCCACGUAUUUAACGCUGCCCUGUGAUGUAGCAUGAGCAGCAGUUUGAUAAGAUUGGCUGGCUUCCUGUGUCUUGGAGGAAGCUUGUGUUCUUCGUCCUUCCCAGCUGGUAGCUUGGAGAGCUAAGUAGUGAGUGAAUACAAUCUAUUCCCAGUCAAGUGACUUUUGCUUGCCAGUUUACUUCUGGUGAAUGAAGUGGUGGUCAGGCAAACCAAUUUGGCCGCUGUUUUGUAAAGAGCUAGUGAAACCGUCUCUGACUAUUUUCACAGUUUAGAGGCCAAUGCAAGGUCAGGAUACCUUCAGAAAGUUGCUCUUGGUGAUGGGAUAGAUCCUUACACAUUAGUAAAGAAGGAUUUUUCCAAUGAGUUGGAAAAUUAUCCAUCCAUUGAGUUCCCCGACAUCUCAAACUACCUGGUGCUGCAGACAUCAUUCUACAUGGGGACACAGAUAAAAACCUGGAAGAGCGUAGAGGAGUACAACUGUUUAUACAGUUAGGUCCAUAUAUAUUUGGACACUGACACAAAUUUUGUUUUUUUACCUGUUUACUGAAACAUAUUCAAGUUAUAGUUAUAUAAUGGACAUGGACAUAAAGUCCAGACUUUCAGCUUUCAUUUGAGGGUAUCCACAUUAAAAUUGGAUGAAGGGUUUAGGAGUUUCAGCUCCUUAACAUGUGCCAUCCUGUUUUUAAAGGGACCAAAAGUAAUUGGACAAUUGACUCAAAGGCUAUUUCAUGGGCAGGUGUGGGCAAUUCCUUCGUUAUGUCAUUCUCAAUUAAGCAGAUAAAAGGCCUGGAGUUGAUUUGAGGUGUGGUGCUUGCAUUUGGAAGAUUUUGCUGUGAAGAAAACAUGCGGUCAAAGGAGCUCUCCAUGCAGGUGAAACAAGCCAUCCUUAAGCAGCGAAAACAGAAAAAAACAUCCGAGAAAUUGCUACAAUAUUAGGAGUGGCAAAAUCUACAGUUUGGUACAUCCUGAGAAAGAAAGAAAGCAAGCACUGGUGAACUCAUGCAAAAAGACCUGGACGCCCACAGACGACAACAGUGGUGGAUGAUCGCAGAUUAAUUUCCAUGGUGAAGAGAAACCCCUUCACAACAGCCAACCAAGUGAACAACACUCUCCAGGAGGUAGGCGUAUCAAUAUCCAAAUCUACCAUAAAGAGAAGACUGUAUGAAAGUAAAUACAGAGGGUUCACUGCACAGUGCAAGCCACUCAUAAGCCUCAAGAAUAAAAAGGCUAGAUUGGACUUUGCUAAAAAACAUCUAAAAAAAAAAAGCCAGCACAGUUCUGGAAGAACAUUCUUUGGACAGAUGAAACCAAGAUCAACCUCUACCAGAAUGAUGGAAAGAAAAAAGUAUGGUGAAGGCGUGGUACAGCUCAUGAUCCAAAGCAUACCACAUCAUCUGUAAAACACGGCGGAGGCAGUGUGAUGGCUUGGGCAUGCAUGGCUGCCAGUGGCACUGGGUCACUAGUGUUUAUUGAUGAUGUGACACAGGACAGAAGCAGCCGGAUGAAUUCUGAGGUAUUCAGAGACAUACUGUGUGCUCAAAUCCAGCCAAAUAAUAAUUGGCGUUUCAUAAUACAGAUGGACAAUAACCCAAAACAUAAAGCCAAAGCAACCCAGGAGUUUAUUAAAGCAAAGAAGUGGAAUAUUCUUGAAUGGCCAAGUCAGUCACCUGAUCUCAACCCAAUUGAGCAUGCAUUUCACUUGUUAAAGACUAAACUUCAGACAGAAAGGCCCACAAACAAACAGCAACUGAAAACCGCUGCAGUAAAGGCCUGGCAGAGCAUUAAAAAGGAGGAAACACAGCGUCUGGUGAUGUCCAUGAGUUCAAGACUUCAGGCAGUCAUCGCCAACAAAGGGUUUUCAACCAAGUAUUAGAAAUGAACAUUUUAUUUACAAUUAUUUAAUUUGUCCAAUUACUUUUGAGCCCCUGAAAUGAAGGGAUUGUGUUGAAAAAAUGCUUUAGUUCCUCACAUUUUUAUGCAAUCAUUUUGUUCAACCCACUGAAUUAAAGCUGAAAGUCUGAACUUCAACUGCAUCUGAAUUGUUUUGUUCAAAAUUCAUUGUGGUAAUGUACAGAACCAAAAUUGGAAAAAUGUUGUCUCUGUCCAAAUAUUUAUGGACCUAACUGUAUGUGGCUGGGUUAAAGAUCUGGGGAUCAGGACACUACAAGAUAAAUCCUGUCUCAUUUUUGCCCGGGUAAGGAGGAAUUUCUGGGCUUUUUGUACGUGUCUUUGCGAUGAUUGAUUGAUUGCUAGGACGCUACAAGUUUUUUAGUAUCGGGUGUAAACAAACCACAGCUGCUUGAGUCCCAAUCCUCCCUGCUCUUCUUCUCUUCCAGGGAAAUCAUUCACGAAGAUCCACAGAAACCCCUUUAAAGACCUGGGGAUUGGUGAAACAGGAUGGAGACGUUAUCACGGCUUACUGUAACUGCACAGCCGUGGAAGCAGUUUCAUGCUGUUAACUCAUGAGCUCUGCUUUUAUGUUUACAUGGACCGUCUCACUUAUCUAUCUAGUUCAGGGUCGGAGCCCAAUCUACUGUACAUCAUUGUCCUUGUAAAGAUUGCUAGGACAUCCUGAUGAACACAUGCGUAUUAGUUUACAAUACGGCAACCAUAACUUCAAAACAUCACAAAAUAACGUAAAAUGGCGAGAAAAGUGAUUUGCGAAUCCAAACGAAAUAAAUCCGAGGAAUUUACAAACCUUUCCCGAAGUGAUCACUGCAAACUCGAGCGUCCUUCGACUCUGCUCCCUUCCAUCGCAGCGAAAGGUUCAAGAGCCACCUUUCUUGUCGUCUUUUGGUAAAAAUCCGUUGCUCGUUCACUAUCACUUCGGAAGAACCUUUUUAUCAGUUUUACAGUUUGAUUCGAACAGCCCAAAACAACACAAGUGUAGAGCAUUUUAAAGUGCAUAUCACAGGUAAAUUCAGGAGCAAGAUCAAUGUAAUUCUCCUAUUUUAUAUUAAACUUUGGUCAAAUAUCUGUAACAUUCUGCAUUCUCUGCAAUUUUUUACCUUGCACAAUACCAGAAAAAUUCAGUUGAAAUCAAGCCAUUUGAGGCAGAUUGGUCCGCCUCUGAAAAAACUUGGCAUUUGAAUUUCUCAGGAAACAUUGAUUUUCAUGACGUCAUCUGCGGGACGCCUCCCUCUGAAUGCUACCGUACGUCAGCGCUGGUUUGUUUAUGAGAAAACGACCUGGCGGUUUUCUGCGAAUUUCUUCGUUAUUGCGUAAUUAUUAAAAUUAAAAAACAGAUGUAUCGUAGGAGGGUGUAGCAACACCAAUCUUGAUGGGAUUAGUGCUCAUCGUUUUUCAAAAGCCCGGACAAUGAGAGAGAAAUGGAAGCACUUGGUCUACACAGGCUGUGCACUGAAACCGUGCAAAGCUCGCACAGCCUGCUGGCGCUUCUACAGGUGACGUCACGAAUCUGGCUCCAGACUCCUUUGGGAUUUUUCCAGACGCUUUUUAUUUAUUUUUUUUUCUGCUGUAGACAGAUGGCCUUGUGCAAAAUUACCCUUCUGGAUGAGUGUGUAAAGGAACAUACUUUUCAUAUAAAAAAAACAAAAUUGGUCCAGAAUAUGCACUUUAAUGACUAGCAAGGCGCCCCAGCGAUAGUAACGCUUUGUGAACAGUGAGCUUAGCUGACCACCACUUCAUGUCUUGCAUAUCUAAUGAGGCAGAUGUGACGUCGGAUGCAACCCACCUGUCGCUCAGUCACUGAUUUGAGAGGAAAAUCACACUUCAGACAGUUAAUUUUUUCCCCCAACAGUUUAUUUAAAGUAAGUAAUUUUAGUUAAGUGAUUGAUUAUUUUCUCAUAUUUUGCAGCAGACUCUCAUUAUAGUAGUGUGUGUGUGCAGACCGGGUCUGUGACACUUCCAGGACGUUGCACCUAAUUUUGUUUUCCUAGUUUAAGUGAUUUUGAUGUUUCGUUCUGAACUUUUUAAUAAGUUUUUGAGCUUUCAUCUUUUUAGAAAAUGUAAAAAAAACUUUCGUUUAGCCUGAACACAUGCUGCACUGAUCAUGGUAUCCCUUUAAAGCGCAGAACAAAAGUAUGGGUUCUCGGAAUAGAGCUUUAAAGCCCCAAGUGUAUGGAUUAUUUCUGUUUUGUGUUUGUAAUUCUAUCCACUUAUUCAUUAUGUCCUAGACUAAAUAAUUAACUGCUGACUUGAUUUUGAAAACUAAAUAAUCAUGUUCAUUAUGUUCCAGUAUUUUAAACUUGGGUCAAAUAUUUUAAAACUUUAAUGCAAACGGAAUAUUUAGGACUUGGAGUGGAUUAAAUUUUUUAUUUUUUAAGAGUUGCUUGUUAUAAAUCCCAUGUAUUCCAGUUUUUAACAGGACUGUUUAACUGAUAUCUUUCUGAGAUCAGAUGUUUUUCUGGCCCUGCUGUUCAUGAUGUGUAUUAAAGCAUACAAGAAACUGAAUGGUCUAGUUCUGUAUUACGGUGAUCCGACAGGCAAUAAAGCAGCUUUACUGCUGUCCUGAA